AAACAAAAAGCCUUAUCGUGGUGUAGUAGGCUAUUCUGAAUUAUUUCUGAACAGACAGCAGUAAUUAUAUAACUUUGGCAAACGUAUUUACAUUUAUCAAUGGUGAUGCAGUUCCUUCAGAAACCUUCUCGCGAUUCUAUUAGGAAAUAAAUGACGAAGUGCAACGCUGGAGAGAUGAGAGUUUGCAGCCUGAUGUCUUAUCAGAGCAGAGAGAGGGAGAGAGAUCAUAGAAAGUGGGUCUCGUUUUUGUUAUGCGAGAUAUACUGGCGUGCUUCUCACACAUAAGUUACAAUGUUGCUCAAACCAAAUAGGCUCCGGAACAAAACAGUCCAAAGCGUAGAAGAUCCGGCUCAAAUUAAGCACUGAUGACGAGCCUUCAGAUGGUGAUGGUGGGGAGAUUUUUAGUCUUCGGCAACUGUUGCUGUACCACAGCAAGUGAGCGAAUGAGGGGACGUGAACAUUUCCAACUUGCUUUAGUACUAGCUGCGGGAAUGACUAUCUGCUGGCUCGUCUUCUCAUACUGUGCAUCCGUGUCUCUCACCCAGGUGAAUCGCCAGGUUGUGCUGAAUCACAGAUUACAGCGUAAACAAGCCAAACUGAUGGAACCGGUGAGGACUGACGUGCUGACUGUCACCCCGUGGCUGGCUCCUAUAGUCUGGGAAGGGACUUUUGACCCCCAGGUCAUAGACGAGGCCUUUAUGUCCCAAAACCUCACCAUCGCUACCACUGUGUUCGCUGUAGGGAGAUACACUCGUUUUCUCCGGGACUUCUUAGAGUCAGCUGAGAAGCACUUCAUGGUGGGGCUGGACGUGCACUACUACGUGUUCACCGACGUGCCCGGCGACGUGCCCGACAACGUGACUCUGGGUGUCGGCAGACUGCUCAGCAUUGUGAGGGUGCCGAAGUUCGACCGCUGGCAGGAGAUAUCCCUCCGUCGUAUGGAGCUCAUCCAGACUGCCAUUAAGGAUCGCAUCCACCGGGGGGCGAACUACAUAUUCUGCCUGGACGUAGACAUGAGGUUCCACGGCCGUGUGGGUCCCGAAGCUCUGGGGAGACUGGUGGGCGCCAUCCACCCCUGGUUCUACAUGUACCCCCGGAGCCAGUUCCCCUACGAGCGGAGGACCGUCUCCACAGCCUACAUACCCAUGGACCAGGGAGACUUCUACUACCAGGCCAACAUAUUCGGAGGAGCGUUGGAAGAUGUUCACCGGCUGACCAAGACAUGCAGGGAGCACCUGGAGGUUGAUAAGUCAGUGGGCGUGGAGGCUGUGUGGCAGGAAGAGAGUCACCUGAAUUGGUACCUGUUGAGGAACAAGCCCACCAAGCUCCUGUCACCGGAGUAUGUUUGGGACGACGCUAAAGGACAGGAUGCCAAGGAGAUAAAACUGAGAGAUGUUUAUUCCUGUCGACACGACGUACAAAGAAUCCAGGUUGCGAAUCAGUUCAAAUGCAGUUUGGACAAAGGAUCCUUCGGGAAAGUCGUAUUCCUGGUCGUAGUGCUGGAAGUCAUUUCAGAAGGGAAACGUGUGAUAUCCUGGAGAGAAGUAAAUCUACUCAUCAAGCCCUUUUGAUUAGUGGAAUUAGUUCAUUUUUGUUUUGUCAAGACUACCAGCGGGUUUCCCCUCUGCUCCUGUCUCUCGAUUGUUCCUGUUUCCUAGUUUUCCCGGGGGUUGACCAUUCUGCCUACCCUGACCAAGAGACUGCCUGCCGUACUGUACCUUUACUAUGUGGAGUACUGACCUCUGCCUGCCCUUGACCUGUCUUUUGCCUGUCCCUGUUCGAUUAAUAAACUGUUGUUACUUUGA